UCUUCCCUCUUCGGCCGCCCAGGCGAGAGUCGCGAGGCUGCUUCCUCCGCGCGGACUCCACUCCCCAGCAUGCCUCGCGCGGGGUCAGGGAAGCGCUUCCGGCUGGAGGAGACCGUCGGCUGUAAACAUCCCGAUUCCGCUUGGAGCUCAGAUUGGGGCCUCACUGGACCAAGUCCUCCCAGGGAAUCGGAUGCCAUGGCUCUCUCUGAGUGCUACAUCGCAGUCAAGCUGGCAGAUCAACCGCUGGCUCCCAAGUCCAUUUUGCGCCUGCCAGAAACGGAGCUGGGCGAAUGGCCCCUGGGGGGCUGCAGCAUCUCCUACCUGAAACAGCUCAUCACAGGGAAGCUGCAAGAAUCUGUCCCCGACCCAGAACUCAUUGAUCUGAUCUACUGUGGACGGAAGCUGCGGGAUGACCAGACACUUGAAUUCUAUGGCAUCCAGUCCGGCUCCACAGUCCACGUCCUCCGAAAGUCCUGGCCAGAGCCAGAACAGAAGCCAGAGCCAGUGGACAAAGUUGCCGCAGUCCGAGAGUUCCGGGUCCUGCACACCGCUCUGCACAGCAGUCCUGUCUUCAGGGAUUCGGUCUUCAAGAUGCUGGGGAACAAGGAGUCGCUCGAUCAGAUCAUUGUUGCUACCCCUGGCCUCAGCAGUGACCCAGUCGCUUUGGGUGUCUUGCAGGAUAAGGAUCUUUUCUCGGUCUUUGCUGACCCGAAUAUGUUGGACACGCUCAUCCCAUCCCACCCUGCCUUGGUGAAUGCCAUUAUCCUGGUUCUCCACUCCGUGGCCAGCAGCACCCCCUUGCCCACGGCAGAGACCUCCUCGCGCAGCAUGCCUUCCAGCUCCUACCGGGACAUGCCAGGUGGCUUCCUGUUUGAAGGUCUCUCUGAUGAUGAAGACGAUUUCCAUCAGAGCACAAGGACCACACCUUCCAGCAGCACCUCUGGGUCCCGCCCGGCAUCCCUUGGCUACACUGGGGCAGCCGGCCCCAGGCCCAUCACCCAGAGCGAAUUGGCGACGGCCCUGGCUCUGGCCAGUACCCCUGAGAGCAGCUCCCACACUCCGACCCCAGGGACCCAGGGGCAUUCUUCAGGCACGUCUCCGAUGUCCUCCAGCGUCCAGUCAGGAACGCCCAUCACCAAUGACCUCUUCAGCCAGGCCUUGCAGCACGCCUUGCAGGCUUCCGGGCAGCCAAACCUUCAGAGCCAGUGGCAGCUGCAGCUGCAGCAGUUGCGGGACAUGGGCAUCCACGACGACGAGCUGAGCCUCCGAGCCCUCCAGGCCACUGGGGGGGAUAUCCAGGCCGCUCUGGAGCUCAUAUUUGCUGGAGGAGCCCCCUAAUAUCUCUGCAUGCUUACCUGCGUGCCUCUGACGGAGAGGCCUUGGACCCUGGGAGGUUAUUCUAUUGCGCUUGAUCCCUGCACCCACUGAGCCCAUCCUCAGGCACCUGGCACCCACCAUUGCCCUGUUUUCCGUCCAUGCUGCACUGGGCCAGCCCAGAAUCUUGCCCACCCUCCACUUUUCCUUGUCUGAAGAAAAGCCUUUUUAAGGCAGAGGGGCUGAUGGACAGCAACAAGGCAGAAGCUGUGACUUUGGGAUGGAUUGUGAUGAACCAGCAGCUGCUUCCAGGGCUGGGCCAAAAGACUCCGCACCCCAGACAGCUGGGUGCCCAUGUUCCCCUGUGGGACGAAGAUCGGGCACUGCCCUCUCUGAAGGGCACCUCCAUCGUUCUGAAUAACUUGCAUGCUUUUUCCACCUGUGUUCAUGGCUCUGUCUAGUUUGUAUGACUCUCAGACACCUUAAUUAAAGCUGUCCUUCUCCCAA